UGAUGGCCGUGCAGUGCGAACAGCUGAUUGAAAGUUAUCGAAACAUGCGUGCGUUAUUAUCGUUAUCGACCCAAUUCAGCUGCCGGUUCGCUUGUAUUUGGAGUUUUAAAAUGCGCACACUAAAUGCGCGCACAGUUUGCUGCCUCUUGCUGAGCUGCCAGUACGCACUGUGCACCCUGUCGCCCGACAGCAAAGCCAAAAGCAAAAGCAAGAACUCCAAAUUUUUGCGUGGCCCCCAGGAUAACGAUGUAUUCGAUUUGAAACUGGUGUCGCCGAAACCCUCGCCCAAGGACAUAGUAAUGCACAAUGAGGCCUACUACAAGGACACGGCGUUGCGACGCUUCAAUGGCACUGUGCUCGGCUAUGUAACUCCGUGGAAUUCACAUGGCUAUGACGUGGCCAAGAUAUUUGCCAAGAAAUUUGACAUCAUAUCACCUGUUUGGCUGCAAGUUGUGAAGCAAUUUGACGAAUAUGCCGUCGCCGGCACUCACGACAUCGAUGCCGGCUGGCUAAGUGAACUGAGGCGCAAGGGAAAAGUCCAACAGCAACAAGCGCAACGCACAGUUAAAGUCUUUCCUCGUGUUAUUUUUGAUCACUUCACCGAUCGCGAUAUUAAAUUGCUGCUGAGCGAUGCCGGCGAACGCACAAAGCUCAACGAGGUGCUCAUCCAGUCGUGCAAGGAGCACAGUUUCGAUGGACUCGUAUUGGAGGUGUGGUCACAAAUCGCUGGUCGCAUCGAUGAUAAAAUUCUCUACACUCUGGUGCUACAAAUGGCCAAGGAUUUGAAAAAGCAACAACUGCGUUUGAUAUUGGUGAUACCACCUCAGCGCCGGGAUAUGUCCAAUUUGUUUAGCGAGCGUCAUAUGGAUCGCUUAUACAAACAUAUCUAUGCAUUCUCGCUGAUGACCUACGACUUCUCCAGUCUGCAGCGUCCCGGUGCCAAUGCGCCUUUGUAUUGGAUGCGCAGUGCAAUUGAUCACAUUGCGCCAGAUGAUUGCCAUGAUGUGGAGGUGAAGCGUUCCAAAAUCCUCAUGGGCUUCAAUAUGUAUGGCAAUGAUUAUACGCCGGAUGGUGGUGGCCCAAUCAUCUCUAAUCAGUACCUGGAGCUGGUCAGGCCACUCAAGAAACCGCUGCUAAAUGAUGAGCGCGAUGUGGAAAACUUCUUUGAGAUCAGAACUGAAACUGGUCGCCAUACUGUGUUUUAUCCAACACUCUACUCGAUCAAUGAGCGCAUCAAGUUGGCCCAGGAACUGGGCGUUGGCAUCUCCAUUUGGGAGCUGGGUCAGGGCUUAAACUACUUCUACGAUCUCUUCUAAAGUGAAUGCAUUCCAAGCAAAAAUGAUAAUCUGUGUGCGAAUUUACUGUGUGCUUAAUAAAAUUAGCAACUUUUUGUACUAACUGUGGACAUAAAAA